AUGAAUAGGGAGCUUAUUCGUGCCUAUAUUAAAGUGUGUACUGCACUUAAGAGGCAACCGAGAUUCAUCCAUGACGACUUAUGCUCAGUUUUGGGCGACAAAGCUGCAUCUUACAAUACACUUUUACGAUGGUCAAAACUAUUUGGUGAAGGUCGGGAAGAAGCUGAAGAUGAACCGCGACCUGCCAGACCUGUAAACGAGACCACAUCUGACAAUGUUGAAGAAGUUCGUCGCCUUAUCGAGAAUGAUCCUUAUCUUACUAUCGACAAAAUACAAGUUGAAACUGGCCUCAGUCACGGUACCAUCGUGCGAAUUGUUUCUGACCACCUCAAGCUGAAAAAAAUUACCGCUCGCAGGAUACCCAACCAGUUGACCGAUGCUCAGCGAGCCCAUCGUGUUCGAAUAUGUCGAGAAAGUUGA